GAACAAGAAUCAAAGGAACAAGAGUCAAAGGAACAAGAGUCAAAGGAACAAGAGUCAAAGGAACAAGAGUCAAAGGAACAAGAAGUGGGAAGGGUAAUAUUCUAUAAGUUAUGUAUGUAUUUAUAAACAAAAAAAAACUGAUCUUUUUUUGUAUAUAGUCUAUUACAACACGCCAAACUAGAAACGCAAGUCGAAGUAUUCAAUCAAAAUGUCUUUAUAAAGGUUGUAGUAAUCCUACUCGUGCUGAUUCUUUUUGUAGUGAUGUAUGUGCUCGUAAACAAAAAGAAGAUAGGCCUCGUCGUACAUCAUCGAUGCGGACUUCUGUUGCAUCUAUUAGUAUCGACAAAAAGCCAGUUUCUUCUACUACUAAUAAUAAUAAAGACAAUUCAGAUGAUGUUAAUAAUGAUGUAAUAAAUCAACCUGAAGAAAAGACAGAAAUGAUAACUGAUGAAGAGGGUAGCACACCAAAUACACCAAUGUCCCCAAGUCUAAUGACAGAGGAAGAAAACCCUGUUCGUCGUAAUGUCAUCAAAAACAUGACUAAUGUUCUAAGAUCUAUUUUUGAUGAAUCUCUUAAAGAAAAUGCAGACAUGUUCGAGGGUAAUCCAGACCCACAAGAAAGAGCAGAGGAAUUGGCAAGAUCGAUUGAAAAGACAAUGUUAGAGCAGCUUGGUGAAUUUAAUAAAGGACGUCAACGUACUUGUGGAGAGAAAUAUAAAAGUAAAUUUCGAUCUCUUUUGUAUAAUCUCAAGGAUAAAGCUAAUAAAGUAUUUCAAUUACGUGUUGUGACUGGAGAUUUAUCACCUCAUGAUUUAGUCAAGAUGUCUUCUGAAGAUAUGGCGAAUCCUGAACUGAAGUCAAUGUCGGAAGUUCUGCGAAAAAAGGCUUUGAAAAACUCGGUAAUGACGAUAGAUAAUAUGCCAAUCAUUAAAAAGACGCAUAAAGGUGAUAUCAUCAUGGUUCCUAAAUCAAACCAAGACGAGGAUAUGUAUUCACAACAAGUAAAACAAGAACUUGAAAGGAUCAGUUCAGCCGAUACUCACCACCCGUCUUCUCCUUCUACAAAAGAACCUAAUAAAAAAAACCAUAUAUCUAGUUUGAGUCCUAAUAAUACAUCCUCUGAUUCAAAAAUAAUGGAUCCCUUGGAUAAUAUUUUAGCACGUAUUGGUAUUCCAACUUAUCUUGAUGAUAAUAAAGGGAACAAACGUGAGAGUACGACGGAAGAUGUUGAUCCUGAAUUGAAGAGAAGGAAAGUCACGAAGGAUGUAGAAGAAUUACUAGGUGAAGAAGAUGAUACCCCAUUUAUGGUAGAAGAAGUAGACACAACUAAGCUUGACAAUAAUGACCAAGAAGAAAACGAAGAAAAAGAAGAGAUACAGGAAGAAGAGAAGGAGAUUAUGGAAGAAGAAGAAGGAGAAGGAGAAAAGGGGUUACCUACAAUUUGGCAUGGUCGUGUUAAUAUGCCACAAGUUGCAGAAUUUGAAGCAACAGCAAGACAAAUUGGAGGGCGUCUAUUAAGUGAAAAGGAAUGGCAAGAUGUUUUAUCACCUACUAUGUGGAUUGAAGGCCGUAUACCUACAGAUCGCGUUACUAACUAUAUAACACAAACGCAAUACUCUACAAGUCGAGAAAUUGUGUUAAUAGAAGUAGAAGCUAAAAGUGAUCAUAAGGAACAAGAACAGACGCUAAUUAAAUAUUUAGAAUCAAGACAAAGAUAUGCAGUUAUAGGACAUAAUAAGAAAAUUGUUAAAGACUUUUACUUGAUUCCUUUGUACCAAACUCAACAAAUACCUGAUUGUCUGUAUGUAGUACGUGUAGAAGAAAGAAAACGAAAAAGCGAUUUGUUCUUGGGUGUGUUAGUUAUUACAAAACAACAACAGCAGCAACAGCAACAGCAACAAACCUAUCAUACAAUCUCACAAUCCAAUCUUCCUCCUCCUCCACAACAAGCAGUAACAAAUCCUCCUCCCCAGCUACAAUAUCCUACUGCUAGCGUACAGCAAAACAUGUAUUAUCCAUCUCCUCAAUACUAUUAUCCACAGGGUCAAUAUUAUCCCCCACAACAGCAACAUUCAAAUAAUAAUAAUAAUAAUAAUAAUAAUUACUCGUCAUCUUACUAUCGUCCUCCCUACUAAAUUUUAUACUAUAACUUUUUGUUCAUGUAUAUGCUUAUAUACUUAAAC